CGCAAUACGGCAUCCAUAUCGGUGAGCGAGCUCCGAACUCUCCACAAGAGAAGCUCAUAUAAAAACCAAUGCUUCCAAUAUCCAGCACCGUAUCAUUUAGAGGAAUUCACCAAACCACGUAAGAGAGUCUAUGGACAGGGACUAUUAGGAGGUAUCCAGUCACUUCUUAACAUAAACCUCGUAAUACCCAGCCCCAAUGGCAGUCAAAGCACGGCGCGUAGCCGUAAUCGGUGCCGGGCCGGCAGGCGCCAUCGCCACCGACGCGCUCGCCAAGGAGCAAGCGUUCGACACGAUCCGGGUGUUCGACCGGCGGGCCGGAAUCGGCGGCACCUGGAUCUACACCCCUCACCUGCCGACCGCGAUCCCGUCUCUCCCCGACUUAGUCUCCGGCAAGGCGGACGUCGCGGUCGAGGUGCCGCCGAUCCUCCCCGCCACCACGCCUGUCUCCGAGGAGGUCAAUGGGUACCAGCGCCGGUUUGCGGACACCGCGCUGCAUGAGAAUCUGCAUAGUAAUAUCACCCCGGAUAUCAUGAGUUACACCCAGGAGCCGUUCCCGAAUAAGCUGUCCCAACGCACGCUGGCGGACUACGGACCCGGCGCGCCGUUUCGGCAUCAUACGGUUAUCCGCGAGUGGGUCGAGGGGAUAUUCUCGCGUGGUGGACAUGAGAAGUUGCUUGAGUUGAACACGACGGUAGAGCGGGCGGAGAAGGUUAAUGGUGAGUGGGUGCUUACGCUGAGGAAGGAGACGCUGGGGAGGAAUUACUGGUGGAGGGAGACGUUUGAUGCGCUGGUUGUGGCGACGGGGCAUUAUAACGUGCCUUGGUUCCCGAAUGUACCGGGGCUGCUGGAGUAUGAUAGGAGGUUUCCUGGGAGGAUACUGCAUAGCAAGCAUUUCCGCAAUUCGUCGAAGUUUAAGGGGAAGCGCGUGGUCGUGGUCGGAGGCUCUAUAUCCUCCCAUGAGGUUGUUCACGAAAUCCUAGAUGUGGCCAAGACUCCAGUCUAUGCUUCUGUGAGGGGAGAGCCUAUUCCGGCGUUCGGGUGGGAGCCGUUCCUGCAUCCGGAUAUAGUCAUCAAGAAGGAAAUCAAGCGCCUGGACCCAGAGACCGGGCGUGUCGAUUUCGUUGACGGCUCGACCCUCGAUGAUGUGGAUUACAUAGUCUUCGGGACAGGUUACACGUUUAGUGUCCCAUAUAUCCCCCACGUCCAAGAGCGAAUUCUUAAUGCCUACCGCCGUCUACCGGGAGUGUAUCAACACACGUGGGAUAUCGAGGAUCCAACGUUGACCUUUGUCGGGAUGCUUGGCGGUGGCUUCACCUUCCGUGUCUAUGAAUGGCAAGCCGUAGCAGUCGCGCGCCACCUCGCUGGACGUGCGAACCCGUUACCCCCUAUCGCAGAGCAGCUCGAGUGGGAGAGGAAGCGCGUAGCCGAGCGAGGUGGAGGGAAGGACUACUACUCCAUUGCCCCUGACUACGGCACAUAUUUCGAGUUUCUGCGGGGCAUUGCUGGUGAACCGGCACCGGGGACCACGGGACGCGUGCUACCCGUUUUCGACGAAAAGCAGUUGGAAGUCUGGACGGGAAUGGUGGCCUAUAAGAUAGACGGUUUCAAGCGUAAGAGGAGGAGAGCGGAGGAAGCGAGGGGUCAGGUCAAGGCGAAGUUGUGAUUUCAGAGAUUAGAGGUGAGAUCAAGCGAUUGUUAGCUAGAGAAGCUUUGGAUGGCAAUUGGUUGAACUUCGAAGCAAUCAUCCUAUCC